CGAGUUGUGCCAGCAAUGGUGGCCUGUCGAUCGCGGGGCUUCGUGUAGCCGGCGAGUGAGGUUACCAACGGCUGCUUUUCAUCAUGUCAAGCAUGGAGAGGUCUUCGAUCUGAAGCCAUCAGUUGUAUCUGUUUUAAAGCUGGAUUAAAGGGCGAACGUUUUUCUUACCCUUUCCCCACCCCUCCCCUCCCCUCCCUCUUUCCCCUCUGCCCGGGCCUUGUUCUCAUCUUCAGCCCCCCACCGCUCACCAGUUCGGCUGCCUCCUGGGGAACCCGGGCGUUUUUCUUCCUUUCCUCUCCCACCCGUCCUCCCCUGCCCUUUCUUCCUGGUUUCAGAUAAGCAGGAUGUCUGAGGACGGCGCGGACAGGGUGAUUAAGGAAUCUUCUAUAUUAGAUGAGUACGCAAUUAACUGGACUCAGAAGCUGGGAGCUGGGAUCAGCGGGCCUGUACGUGUAUGCAUGAAGAAGUCAACAGGAGAACGAUUUGCACUAAAGAUUCUCCUUGAUCGCCCAAAAGCAAGAAAUGAGGUUCGACACCACCUGAUGUGUGUGGGCCACAACAAUAUUGUUCAGAUUAUUGAAGUUUACGCUAACAGCGUUCAGUUCCCCCAUGAGUCCAGUCCAAGGCCUCGGCUGCUAAUUGUGAUGGAAAUGAUGGAAGGUGGGGAACUCUUUCACAGAAUCAGCCAACACAAGCACUUUACAGAGAAAAUGGCAAGCCAAGUUACCAAGCAGAUUGCUCUGGCUAUACAGCACUGUCACUCCCUGAAUAUUGCUCACAGAGACCUCAAACCUGAAAACCUCCUCUUCAAGGACAACUCUCUGGAUGCACCAGUUAAACUGUGCGACUUUGGGUUUGCCAAAAUCGAUCACGGGGAUCUGAUGACUCCACAGUUCACUCCAUAUUAUGUAGCACCUCAGGUACUAGAAGCCCAGAGGAGACACCAGAAAGAGAAGUCUGGAAUCAUACCUACCUCACCCACUCCCUACACGUACAACAAAAGCUGUGACCUGUGGUCGCUGGGUGUAAUAAUUUACGUGAUGCUAUGUGGAUAUCCACCAUUUUAUUCCAAACACCACAGCCGGACUAUCCCAAAGGACAUGCGGAAAAAGAUCAUGACAGGAAGUUUUGAAUUCCCAGAAGAAGAAUGGAGUCAAAUUUCUGAAAUGGCAAAGGACAUUGUGAGAAAGUUGUUGAAAGUAAAGCCGGAGGAACGACUAAAUAUUGAGGGGGUGCUGGAUCAUCCCUGGCUGAACUCCACAGAAGCAUUAGAUAACAUCCUUCCAUCCUCCCAAAUGAUGAUGGACAAGGCAAUGGUUGCUGGGAUCCAGCAAGCCCAUGCAGAGCAGCUGGCCAGUAUGAGAAUUCAGGAUCUGAAAGUGAGCCUUAAACCUCUAAACUCUGUAAAUAACCCAAUUCUUCGCAAGAGGAAGCUAUUUGGCACGAGACCCAAGGAUGAUGUCUACAUUCAUGAUCCGGAGAAUGAGGCAGAGGAUGCCAAUGUCGCUCUAGAAAAACUGCGGGAUGUCAUUGCGCAGUGUAUUCUACCACAAGCUGGAGAGAAUGAAGAUGAGAAGUUGAACGAGGUGAUGCAGGAGGCUUGGAAGUACAAUAAAGACUGUAAAUGUCUUCGUGACAUGCUGCAGAGCCUCAGCUGGAAUGGGCGGCGGUUCAAUGAUAAAGUCGAUCGCCUGAAACUUGCAGAAAUGGUCAAACAGGUCAUUGAAGAACAAACAAAUUCACAGGAUUCCUAACAUUAGUGCCUGCUGUUUUUACAAUGUACUGGGAGUAUUCUUUGAUAAAUGUAAA